AAAAAUCCCGUUGCGAAAUCAAGCACGUAUGUUGUCAUUUUCGCAACGACCCGUUGUUAUAUUUUUCAACAACGGCUGUUGGUGAAUUGUGCACGAACGUGCUCAAAUUGACACCGAGACGUGGUCAACUUUCGGUACCAACAACAGCCGUGCUUAAUUUGUCCAUUUGUAAUAUUGGUAAUUGCAGCCGAUUACACACGAGUAAAAAAUGACAACGGUGGUGCAUGAUUCACACACGGUCGUUGUCAAUAUGACACCGGUCGUGUAUGAAUUAUGCACCACCACCUGCAUAAUGAUGCACCACCGUUGUUACUUUGUACACCGACGUGCAUGAAUCGUACACGAUCGUUGCCAUUUUAGCAACUACCGUGUAUGAAUCAUGCACCACCGUUGUCAUUUUUUUUACUCGUGUGCAAUCGGCUGCAUAUUUACCAUUUUUUCCGUGUUAUUGAAAGAGAAAGGACGCAUUGUGCAAAAAAUUUAUUGAAAAUGAAUAAUAAUUCGCAAGAUCCUCAAAAUAUCAUUGGUGAGUUGUUAGAAAUCGAUGGCAAUAUUGUUGUGGUUCGCGAUACAAACCAUUGCAGCAGUCAAGAUGCGGAAAACAAUGAGGACGAUUAUAUGUUAAGGGAGUUCUUAAAAGGAAUAAAUAUGGAGUCGCUUUUUGAACAAUUAAAAGCAUCACAUGUAACAUUUCGCAGCUUGCAGUACUUGAAAAAAGAAGAUUUAAAGGAAGCAGUGCCACCAUUGGGACUGCGUGUUGAAUUCAGAGAAAAGCUCUUUGCUUGGAAAAAACGAAAGCUCGGGAUUGAUGACGAAACUAUGUCAGUUCCAUCUAAAAUAGGUGAAUGGUGGAAACGCAACGAGACACCUGCAAGUACUCCUGGUACUCCCGACACUACAGGUUCGAACUGCUCAAAAGCCAAAGGAAUUUUGUCAGAGGAUCUAACGGAAUUGUUAACACAUACCUCGAAGGGGAAACUAGCGCUUGAAUGUAGUAGCGUUAAUAAGAAAUUAAGUGACGAGCAAAGAGAUGAUAUAAUUAAUAUAAUUAUUGAAGAUAUUUUAACCAACAAUGUUACUCUUUACACUCAAGACUAUAUGCGCAUAUUGGAUGAAAUUUGUUCCGUUUUUCCUCUUGAAAACGAAAUGAGGGAUUAUUAUUACAUUUCAAGAAAAGGAAAGAACAACGCAAGCGGAAAACUUUAUGCCAAGUAUAGAAACAAGAAGUCCAAAAGAAUAAAGCUUUUGAUUUCCGAGCCUAGCACAAGCAAAGCAGCAACUCACACAUCUCCUAAUUUUUGUAACAAAGAUGUUCCCGAAAUUGAUGAAUCAGUUGAAAAUUCAUUGAAAGCUUCCUUACUAAGAGAAUGUAAUGAUUGGGGAUCGAUCUGCGAAAAAUGGAAAAGAUCUUUUAACAUACGGCAAAGAGAUAUAAAAAAUUUAAGUAGCCAUACAUUUCUCCUUGAAUGGACGAAGUUGUCCGAUGCAAGAGCUUCAGAAUUGGUCAACAUUGAUUUCGAUAUUAUGUAUCCACAGAAAGGCAAUCUUCUACUUUCUAAAUGGGACCAAUUUAAGAAAAAAAUUUACAAUUAUUAUGGGAAAAAUAUUCAUAACGAACAUUGCAAACAACUCUUCGCAAAUGUUUUGACGGCAAGCAGCAUAGAUGCUCAAGAUUAUAUAUACGCAAUACUGUUGAAUUCAGUUUUACCAUCACCUGCUAGGUUUAAAUGUGGAAACGGUAAAUUACGAAAAAAAGUAACAAUAGCUGAUUCGCAGGAAAGUUUCGUACUGCGACUACCGACAAUUAACGAUUAUAAAAGGCAAAUUGAUACAGUCACUGAAAAGUAUUACAAUGCUGGAUUAACUAUACAGCCAUUUAUAAUUGUGGAGGGUUUGUCCGAUUUCAAUAUAAAAGGUUUUUAUGUUUUUUUUAACCACAAUUUGUUAAAAUUUCAAUCGUUCCUCGAAUGUUUAGAUACAUGUUUUAAAAUUUUUCAUGCACUUUCUUUAAAAUAUCCAAAUGCUUCGCAAGGCAAUUCCCGUUGCAAGCUGCAACGUCUGGAAUUGAUUACCUCCAUGACGAGAUCGGGACGCUUGGAAAAUAAUAAAAUAAAACUGAAUGUCCAUUUCGGACUCUUGGCUGCUCGUUUAAAUGUUUUAAAAGGAUGUCCAAUUGCUGGUGUGCCAUCCCGUACCGUACCGUCCCGUCCCGUCCAGUCCACUCCGUUUUCAGUUUUUGUGUUGUCGGUUGAACUAAUGGGUUGUAAAAGAUUUCUUAAAAUUUAA